AUCCACUCCACGGGCGUUUCUCGCUGGCUGGGGUGCGAUCGCCCGCCAUGGCGGCGCGGCUGGGACUCCUGGCGCUGGGCCUGGCGCUGGGCUACGGCCUAGCACGGGUCAGCGCGAAGAGAAGGCCGCGGAAGGGGCGGCGGGUGGCGCUGGUGGACAAUGGCUCUUUGAAGCCAGAGGCCACCAAGUCCCUGCGGCGCCUGGCAGCGGCUCUGGCGGCCAAGGCGGGGCUCAAGGUGGAGGCGGUGUCCGCGAAGUUCGCGGACCGCAUUGCAGCGGAGAAGCUGGAUGGGCAGCCGGGUGAGGUGCUGGCGGGAUGGCUGCAGCGGGUGAAGAAGGAAGAUCCGGAUGCACAGGUGCAGCUGCUGCCGCUGCUCAUCGGCCCCAGCGACACCUUGACCAAGGCCAUGCCCGAGGCCGCCCAGGCCGCGGACGUGGAGGUGGAGAUUGCGCCUUCCUUGGUCUGCUUGUGCCCGGUGCUUUACGGCCAUCAGGAGGAGCGGGGGGCGCACGGCUUGGCGCAGAUGUUGAGGGAGCGCCUCGAGGACGCGCAGUUGUCGGCCAACGACGUGGUGCUGCUCUGCGACCACGGCAGCCCCGCGGCGCGGGUCGCGGCGGCCAAGGACGCGGUGCGCGCAGAGCUCGCGGCGUUGCUUGGGCGCCCGGUGACGGGCUGCUGCAUGGAGCGCCGGGAGGGCGCGGAGUAUGACUUCAACGGGCCGCUCUUGGAGAAGGCCCUCCAGGCCCUGCCGCCGAACACCUCCGCCAAGGUGGCGCUCCUCUUCCUGCAGGAGGGCCGCCACGCGGGGCCUGGGGGGGACAUCGACCAGAUCCUGGGGCAGGUGAAGCAGAAGCGGCCGGACCUGAGCUUGGCCACCACCAGGGUCUUGGCAGGCCACGAGGGUCUGGUGGAACUGUUGGCCAAGCGCCUGCGCAAGACCGUGCCGGCGCGGCUCUUCCACUGAGGGGCUCCGAUGCCGAUCUGCGUGGGUCCACGACAGAGCUGUUUGGAUUUUGGUUGUGACUGGGGGCUCG